GAAAGGCGCUUCUUACAAAACGUUCUGGGGGCACUAUUUUCAAUCUGCGAUUUGUGAUCAUAUUAUAACUCUAAUGUGUUCGGAGGAAAAGGAGAUGUGCCCUCUAUGUAUGGAACCGAUGGAGGCGGACGACAUCUCGUUUUACCCAUGUGAUUGUCGUUACCAAGUAUGUCGGUUCUGUUGGGCUAAGAUCAUUAACGAAGAAAAUGGGCUUUGCCCGGCUUGCCGAAAGGAAUAUAAUUCAGAGAAACCGGCUUCCUAUAAACCUAUUUCAGAAGCUGAGGAGUCCCGUUGCAGAUCAAGCAGAAGGCGCAAAGAUUACAUCAAGAAAACGAAGCUAAAUCCGGAAAUGCUCAAAAUCCUCCCAGAGUUAAGGGUCGUACAGCCAAAUCUCAUAUUUGUUGUCGGUUUACCUACAUGGAUCUCAAAGGAUAAGGAUAUACUUAAAGGACAGGAUUAUUUUGGUCGGUAUGGAAAAAUAUUUAAAGUAGAAGUUAACCAAAACCAAACUUUCGGUGGACCACAGGGUCAACCAAGUUUUAGUGCAUAUAUAACAUAUUACCGAGCCGAAGAUGCUAUGCGUUCCAUAAAAGAUCUUAAUCAGAGCACCUUACAUGGGAGACCGAUCCGCGUAUCACUUGGAACCACGAAGUACUGUAGCCAGUUUUUGAGGGGUACGAAAUGUACCAAGCACGAAUGUAUGUACUUACAUGAGUUGGGUGAUUCAGCGGCUAGUUUUACUAAAGAAGAAAUGCAAGCUGGAAAACAUACUGAAUACAUGAAUAAGCUGUUGCAAGAUUUCUGUCAGUCUAAAUCAUAUUCAAUUGAUUCACAAAAAGAAGAAUCAACAACAGAUUCGUCUUUCGUCUCAAGUCCCAAUGAUGGUUCUUCAGUACCACCACCACCACCACCACCUCAUACCAGUGAAUCAAGCAGUAGUUAUUCAAAUGGACGUAAUAAUCGAUCCAAAUUCGACGAUACAACCAUGAUGUCUGUGGACAACUCGAGUUUACAAGUUUCAGAUCGAUGUAGUAGUAGUAGUAGUACACAGUGUAACCAAUCGAGUGUAGUAUCCCUUAGAGAGGUUCGUAAAUUAAGACAUAAUACUGAUAAAGAUCAUUCAAAUACUGCUUCAGUUCCCGGUGCUUCAUUAACUGAUAAAUCUAAAUCAAAUUAUAAUAAUUCUAGUAAACCAACUAGUUGGAAUCAUUCAUCCUCAAUGUCAUCAUCAUCAUCAGAUUAUUCAACUAGUCGAAGGCUGGGAAAAAACUCAUAUGGUACUUUUCAUUUUAAGAAUUCCUCCGACACUGCAAACACAGAUAAAUCAUAUUCAGAAGGAAUUAAAUCCACUUAUGUCCGGCAUCAUGAUUCUACACAGAAUCGAAUUUUACUGCCCCGAUCUAUCGCAUCUAAUCAAGUAUCCAAUCGUACUGAGCCUAGUUGUACCAACAAUAAUGGUGGCUGUCAUCGUACAUGGUGUCGUCCUAAUUCAGAAACUUCAUUAAAUAUGCAACCAAUACUAGGAGAUGAACCAGCAGAUAUUGAUUUUGAUCCUUUUCGAGAAUCUCAACAAGGUUUAGCUGAACUUCUAGCUGCUGAAGUUGCACGUCUUAAUGUAUCUGAUUCACUGUCCGAUCAUCAUGUUUGUUUAACCAAUGGAUCGUCGGUUGGUAUUUCACAUUGUCCAAAUGAAUUACAAUCUUCAAAUUCAGAUACUACUAGGUUUGCUCAAGCUAAUUUAAGUGCAAAUUCAGCACAAACUGAAAAAUUACAUUCUUGGUAUUCUAAUACAGUAGUAGUAUCACAUCAUAGAAAUAAUCAUAUUGAUUCGAACAAAUUAUCUAACGUGAGUUCAAAUAAUUUUACUAGUGUUUAUCCUCCACCGGGUUUUGAAGAAGCUGUUGUACAAUGUUAUGAUCAGUCUUCCGAUAAUCAAUUUUUAACAUCUACUAAAACUGAUGUAUUGAACUCCAAUUAUUCAGAAUUAUCCUAUUCAUGUCCUGAAAGCUUUGGAUAUAACAACAACAACAACAACAACAACGAUAUACAUAGCACAAACGGAUCCUUAUUACAACCGUGUACUUUUCCUUGUAGUCUUCCACCUACAGAUUCUACAGAAAAAUUAAUGACAAAUUCUUUGUCAUCAUAUGAUGAUUGGAUACGAGCUAAACGUGUAUCUGAUCAUCAUAAUGCUAUCUAUUCAGACACUUUGUUUUCAUCCAUUCCUACUAUCCUACCAGAUAUUAGUAGUAGCUCAUUAUCAUUAAAACAAGAUGAUUCAACUUCACAUUUAUCUAGUCAAUUUAUGACCAACAUAUUCAAUGCUGUUUUUAAUUCCCAAUCAAGUAUGAAUAAUACUAAUGAAUUAAAUGGAAUAGUCUAUGACAAGUCAUCAGUAAAAACUUCUUCUACUUCUUCUUCUAUGUUUGAUCUCAGUCAAUUGGUUAAUCAUUUAUAUCAUCAGUCAUCUGGGUUUUCAAAUGUUAAUACCCAUAGUCCUUCUAAUCAUUGGUCUACUAGAGUCAAUAUACCAUUUGGUUAUAAUACACAUAAUGAGGUUUUAGAUGCUUCUAUUUAUUCAAGUUCGUUAGUAGUGCCUAUCUCUUCGAAUACAUUGAAUUUUGGAAAAUAUGUUGGAUCUAAUAAAAUGAGUUCUUUUCCUACUACUACUACUACUACUAAUACUACUAAUACUACUAGCAAUGAUUAUCAACAACAUCAGAAAAUCCCGUUUAGCACAAAUAACACUAAUAAUACCAAUAAUAAUCAUGGCAGUUUCUGUUGCAAUCCAGACUUGAACGAUAUGAAUUCACGCCCUAACAAUAAUAAUAAUAAUACCAAUAAUUCAAUGAAUCCAGCUUCCACAUUAACAUGGCAACUUGAUGAUCCCGCGAUUGUAUCCAGUCGAUUAGCAUCUUCAAACUCCACAUUGAAAAAUAAUCAAGUCCCGUCUACAUGGAAAUCACCUCCGAAUAUUCUUGAACAAAUUUGGCGAACCACUCCACAUUUCCAAUCAUUUUUUGACCCAUCUUUAGCUUUCACCGCUGCUACCGCCGCCCCCUCAUCCUCCUCCUCCUCCUGUGGUUCCUCCACCAUCAACAACAACAACAAUUCUUCAUAUAUUUCACAAUCUGGUUUCAAAAAUCCAAAUCGAUCACAUCAACAGCAACAACCACAACCACCACUACCAUCAACAUUGACCAGAGGAGAUACGUUGAUACAUCAUUCUUCGUCUCAUUGUCAAUUAAAAGAAUGAAAAAAAUAGGAAAUUUUACUACUGCAACAACUUCAUCAUCAUCAUCAUCAGCAGCAGCAUCGACAACAGCAACGUGUGUUGUUGUUGUUGUUUGUCUCAAACUCUCUCAUGAAUUGGUCGAUUUUGGUUAAGAGCCAAUAAAUAGUUUAAGAUUUUUACUCUUUCUCUCUCUCUAUCUCUUUGUCUCUCUCUGUCUCUCUCUCUCUCUGUCUCUCUCUUCUUUUACACAAUAUUUCAAAUUUGUGCAAUCAGUAGGUAGUAGUUCUGUGACCAUCUCAGUCAGAUAUGUUCUUUUUAAUAUGAAAAACAAUUAACAGAACAAACAGAACAAACAAUGAAAAGAGAUGAAAUUUUCAGUAUGAUGAUAUUCUUUCUUAUCCUCCUAAAAAAAAUCAAUCACCAUUUCAUUGCCCUAAUAACCUAUUUGAAACAAAAAUAUAAAUAUAUAUAUAUAUAAGUUAA